ACAAGAGAGGGGCAUUCCUUAUGCCUUGGAUGUCAUCACAUGAUACCGAAACUCCAGUUGUGUUCCAGCGCUUUAAAACACCUGCACCUCUAAACAUGGAGCGCUACGAAGGGACACGGUCAAGAAACGACGCAGGACACUUUAGCAAUAAGAGCCGAAAUUCCAGAACAGGUGAUACGGAAUUAGCAGUAAAUAACAACGAUGAAUUUGCGCACGGGGAGAACGUAAAUAAUCAGGCUGGAGAGGAAAACAAUACAACUACAAGAAAUGAACGGAACCCACAAUACAUGGGAGGCUAUUCCAUGAUACCACCCAAUGAAUCAAGGAGGAGGGAAAUGCAGAGGAUGGCACAGAAGGAAGAGGAAGAUCUGAAACGCUGGAAGGAAGGACACAGGCCUGGUCCUCUCAGCCUACCUCCAGCACAGCUAGGUGGAGCAAUAUCGAUGACUGAAGCCAGACAAAGGCAAUUUUUGGAGUUAAGGGAAUCUAAAUAUCGUAAAAAGCUUAAACAAGAGGACGACAAGAGGAAGAGAAAAGAAGCGGAGGAAAUGGAGAUCCAGCAGAAGAAGGUUCUGCAGCGGGAGAAGGCCAUCAGACUUGAAGAAAGGAGACGGCAGGAAGAGAAUCUGAGGAAAGAACAACUUCGGUAUGACCACCAGCUGAGCACACAACAGUUUCUUCAAAGGUUUGAAAACUUCACCGUAGAUCCAGUUCCAGUGAACAGCUCUCUUCCAGCGUCAUCCUGGGCCAGAGGCCACAUGUACAGAGAGGCCCAGAAAGCAGAAGAAAAUGAGCAACUGAGGCAGAAGAAAGAGGAGCAAAGGAGAAAGAGUGAACUCUUGGAAGAAAAUCAAAAAUGGAAAGAAGAAGAAAGGGAGAGAGAACUCCAAAAGGAACACAAAAGGGUCAAUGCCAAAUUUUUGGAUCAAAUUCAAGCCCAUGCGCAAUCAGGUCGGAAGGAGCUGCCCUUUCCUGUAAAUACAGAAGAAGAAAGAGAUUUUCAUACCAAUGGAGCACAGGAUGUACCCAAAUCUUUGGAGCCUAUCCUGCAGGAGAGUGAAGAGGAUGGUUAUGAUCUUGAAUGGACAGUGAUGAAGCUUCAGACUUCAUUCCCUUCAUGUGAGCGGGCUUUCUUAGAAGAUAUAGUGAUUCAGUGCAAUGGAGAUUACAACCAAGCCUACAAACUACUUCUGUAAACAGCUCUUCUGAUGGGCUCAGACCAGCAUCAAGCUCCACAAAAAAACAAACAGAUGAACACACUUAUUAGUUACAAAAUAGGGGUGUAGCUCUAUUAGUGAAAGCUCUUUGUGUGUUUUGCAAUCUCAUGUUUAUUUGAGUAAUAUUGUCUUUUAAGUGAGUACAAUCAAAUAGCUGUAUCAUUAGUCAAAUACACAUAGUUCAUCCCAAAUAUAAUAAACCUGAUUCAAUGGAAAAAUGUAUGCACUUAAA